CAAGAUGAGAAUACUGAAAGGGUAAAGUAAUGGUAGCGGGCUGGAGUUUCUUGAUUUUCGCAGGUUGACCACCAUGAGGACACUAGAGAGCAAUGGGAUGGCCGCGAUUCUCCCCUCUGCGAAAAUGAAGGCGCACCUGGUCGGGAUGAGAACGCAUUGCCAACUGAGGGGACGAGCGAAACAGCUCUUGCGCUCUCAGUGCGACCGAAUUAUCCGCUAUCACCCUCGCAUUACGCGGACGAAAAUCGGAGGACGAAGAUUGCAUCGACUGACUCUUUUGGGAGCUGCAGUUUCAAUGCAGCUUUGCGGUACCUUCGUUGAAGGACUCUUUUACCCAACGAAAGAUCCUCUCCUCAACGCAGAUGAAUCCUCCGAACAACCAACGUUCAGAUGGAGCAGUGGAUCCCGGCCUUUCUCGCCGCAAGCACGCUCUGCAGCCUCAAGGACCACGUCGGCAGCAUCGUCUACGUUUGGAGCACGUGACCAAAGCGAUUACGAAGGCAACACGAUUCAACAACAGGUAAAGGUAUCUAGUACAACUCAAACUCUUGUUGCAAAAGAAAGUAGCGGUAGGACGCCUGCGACCUCGGCAGCGGCUAUAAGAGAAGACUCUCGAGGACGCACACCCAGUACUGGUCUGUUGAUAAAAACCGAGAGCGAUGAAGCACCGACGCGGCAGUCACUGUCACAGCGCAUGAGCAAUAAUAUCGAUGCUACGUCGCGAACAGAAAGAACGCGAAGUAGUACAUUAGCUUCCUCGACGUCGCUGCAGCAAAGCAGGCAAAUUCCUGUGCAACUCGGCGGGCUUUCGGCAGAGGACACGGAGCCAGAUCAUGCUCGUUUCUGGAAAAAAUCUCCGACUGCAUUAAUUGCCAUCUCCUCAACGAAGACAGAAACAGCAGCUGCCAUAGAGUCCAGCUUGUUUUCCACUUCCACAUCGUUCCUGCGGAACAUAGUCUUUGCGGGUCCACUCUUUCUGGCGGAGACCGUCGCUCCUUUACUCCAGCUCAUCUCUUCUACAUCAUUCUACCUCCCCGCAGUGAUGCUCCUUGUCCUCGCCUACGUAUUCGUCUGCGCACGCAAAAUGAACAUCUUCGGGUCGUCCGCGUCCUCGUCCACCUCAAUAAGUACAGGUGGCCUCAAUCCCAAUUGCCCGACAACUAGCGCUCCUCGUGGUAUCAACCAUGUUGUCACCAUCAGCGACGACUUCAGUAGAAGUGCUGCAGUUGAUGGAAGACGUAAUAUCGACAACGAAGAAGGUCUGGAGGUAAUUGAAGUUGCAGUUGGGGCUGCCGACGAGAAGAAAAAUCUGACACAGCAACCUAGUCCUAGCGGCUCGGAGCUGCUCUUCAUGAAAUCCGAAAUACGGUGUAAAUUGAAACUUGGAGGAGGAGCAUCGGCCUCAAAUGCUGUCAAGUUUAUGACAGGAACCAGUCUUAAAGAUUAAAAGUUCGCCUCUCCAUAUGCUUUAUUCCCUUUUCGUAAUUGAAUAUUAGUAUAGUACGUAAACGCGAAACAAUAUUUAUCUUCAACAAACUCAGACUGGAACUUCAAUGAAGAGCUUCAUGAAAAGCGUUGAGGAUGGACGUGUGCAUCCCGUCAACGAGGGACGAUUGGUUUACGUCACCGGGGAGAGUGAGACGGGGGAUGUUUUGACGGACGACGUGUUUGGCUCGGCAAUCCAAGUAAAGAACGCUAUGCGACUCACCCGCACCGUGGAAAUGUUGCAGUGUUAAGCCAACUAUUUCCAUAGAUACUAAACCGGACAACAAUCGAAGAUUCAGAUUUUUCUCAAAUUCAAACAAGUUGGUAUAGGAAAUCAAGAAAGUUACUAGACUUGAGCGCCCGGUAGCACUCCUUCCACUAGGAUCAUCCACCCGCGGCACGCACUUCCCCCGCCCGGCAACCGUCUGCAGCCUAGGCGUUUUACACAAAGUUUGUGACUUUAGCGCCCACGAAUUAAACUAAGUCGCAGCGUGCUCUAUUUUAAUAAAAGCUCGACGGCGUGCCGGAGGGUCGUGUGUUGUGUUUGUUGGUUGAUUAGAAAAGGAGCGGAAAAAUUUGCGAUGGGGGUCGCAUGUUUUCGGUUCCAGUGUCUUCGGCUCGGGUGUUUUCGGUUCGGUGUGUGUUGGGUUUGGAUGUUGGAGGGGUCGUUGUUGAUUUUUUGCCUAUCUCUUUCCCAUUAUGAUUUCGGUUGAAAUGUGAUAAAAUUUAUAUAAAUAUAAACUUCUCGGCAUCGCCAUGAAUUUUCGAAAAAUUUCAUUUUUUUUAAGUUCAAAUUGUGAAGGUUUUGACUUUAUUGCGUAGUGAUCAUCUACAUCUGUUCUUGUUGUCGUUCUCGCUUCGCUUCAUCAUCUCGUCCACAUCUCGUUUCAUUAGCGAUCACUUGGCUUGGGAUGUUGGUUCUGUCUCUGCGGAGCAUCGGUGAGCACAGUCCUGCAAGGAUUGGCGGUCUUCUAUGAUUGAGUUGGGGGUGGCGCCUCGUCUCAUGAGAAGCCGGGAGCUAUAGGCUGCAGGGGGUGCUCACGGCCUAAGCCCUGACCCUCUCUAUCACGUUGUGUGAUAUGCUCAUCGGUCUGUUCUGUUCUGUUAGUUUCUCUUUCAUUAUCUUUACCUCCGAUCAGUAUCCCCCUCCUCUGACUCUCUCGCUCACUCUCCACCACCUAUACUUUAAUUAGACAAUUAGAAAUUACCUAAAUAUAACUGAGAGUAAUUACGGUUAGAUCGAAGCCAGAUCUUUGCUGGCUUGCCUUCUCUUUCCUCCCAAAACCUCUUAGGAUGAGAGAACAGAAAGGAAGACUUGAGCUUCAACGCAAGAAGUGGACUAAUGGCUUACUAAUGCAAGCGCCUACAAUCUAAACAUUUCAUCACUCUUUUUAUUGCGUAGGUUUUAAAUUUAGCACCCAUCUGCGUGAAAUCUGACCAAGUCCAUAAGUUCGGAAGGUCUUGGCAUCGCCUUGAAUUUUCGAAAAAUUUCAACUUUUUGAUUUCAAAUUGUGAAAAUUUUGAUUUUAUUGCGUAGAUUUUAGAUUUAGUACCCACUUGCGCGAAAUCUAACCAAGUUCAUUACCCACCUGCGCGAAAUCUAACUAAGUCCAUAAGGUCGCACGAUCUUGCCAUCGCCAUCAAUUUUCGAAGAGUUUCAAUUUUUUGAGUUCAAAUUGUAAAAAUUUUGAUUUUAUCGCGUAAGUUUUAAACUUAGUACCCAUCUGCGCGAAAUCUAACCAAGCUCGUAAGUUCUUCAGUUCUUAAGAUCCUCAUAUAUUAUAAGUUCCUAAGGUCAUGAGUUCAUGAGUCAGAAGUGGAAGAGUGAGAGUUAGGCGGGGUCGUUGUUUGUUUUUUUAUUUAGCUCGUAAUAUUGAAGCUAUAGAUACUAGUCCAAUUUGGAACUACCCCGUCUUGCAUUAGUUUUAGCUCUAAUACUGGGUGCGCCGGGAUCACGUCUGUACAACAGGGACCUCAAACGCUGCACAUGCGCGAGCUCUCGCUGCACGAAUACGAUCCGGCGUCUUCGCCAACAGAGAUGAUAUGACUUUACCUAUUCAAACGAGAUCAUAUUUCCUCGCUGCAAUCUAAAUGUUCCCUCGAGCAGGACUAGGACUAGCUGUAACUUUAUUGGAAAAAAAAUCGGAACUGCGUCAUAUUGAUCAGGUGCAUCUGCAUGGUCUACAAAAAUUCAUAGUACGAGGGAAUGAAACAAGCGUUAUGGCUGUCUUGCGGUUGCCAAAGUAUGUACCUCCAUCCUGAAACCUCUAAAAAGCGAUCGAGUACGGCCUCGAGAAGUAAUGCUCAGGCAGCAACUCGUCAAGACGAAAUUUCUGCUCUAACGCAGCAACGCGACGACUUCAUCCCCUCGGAACCUAGUACGAGACCUCGAUCGCCCCAUUUGUCUGAACACUACUUUGUUUAAGAACAGUAAAACUUCUUCCAUUUCAUAGAUUUCAUUUCAUUGCAACUGAGUAGAACAAGCAUCCAUGUCAUAUUUCUUAAGCACCAACGACUCGGAUCUUCUCUUGGGAGAAAAAUACUAGGACAAAAAUAGGGAUGCAUCUUGCUCCUGCAGUGUUGAAGGAUCAAAUCAAUUAUUCUGCACCAACUCUUCUCUUCUAACCUAUCACAGAGUGGCUGUCUUUUCCAGUGGAUUGCUCUGAGUUUCCGGCCGACUACAGCAAUCCAACGUUUCCUCCGGAGCUUCUUUCGGAAGAUGGGGGCUUAGGAUCAUCAACUAGGACUAGCGUCGCGCAGACGCUCAAAAUCGAUGAAUUCGAACUAGACUUCUCAGCUCUGGCGACUGCGCAGUCACAGGCAUCUAGAAUAGCGGGCAACCACGCCGACCAAAUGGAGGGAUACAGCAGUGAUCCAGACAAAGACUAUCUUCGGUACCCAGUAUCCUUUCUAUUUUUAUUUCAUCCAAGCCCAUUAACACAAGCUGAUGAUGGCAACAUCCACUUAUCAUGAUUCGGGAUCAUUUCUUCAUUGAUUAUAUUGACACGUUUUAUUUCCAAAUUCGAUUUCGAUUUCCUUUAACUUCUGGACCAACCCUCCCACAACGAUACAUAGGGAGCCUACGUGGCACGGAACACGACGAGCGACCACUGUAGCGGCAUGCGGUCGUGUGGAGGCGUUGGGUCGCGUCUUCGAGCCAGCAGGCGGAAGGUUCACGUUGCGAUCAGGAAGUGGCACCGUUGUCGGAGACAUUCGCUUAUGAAUGAGAAAAUAUGAAUAUGAAAAUAUAUGAUAAGUAGAAAAAAGUUCGAUCUCGCGUCAUUAAGUAUCUGUUUUUUACUUUCAGCAGCUCGCGUGAAAUCAAGAAUUUUUGUUUGAUGUAGUUGUAGCGCAGAUUCAAAAUGAUGAGGAAGACGGUGCAACAGGAGAAACUUUCAACAAAAAACUUCAAGUGAUGUCGUCUCUAAUCUAUGUCCGUCUCGAAAAAGUUAACUGUGGUCCAUGCAGUGUAGUUGGUCUGCAGAGAGGUAAAAAUCUCGUUCCGUUUGCGUAUGAGAAGUAUUUCGAGACUUCUCAAGAACAACUACAUGGGAAAAAGACGUCAAUCCCCAGGUUGAAGGGCUGCGGAGGUUGUGCCUUUCUCUCUUCCACUACUCCCAUUUGCGGUGCCUGGCUCUCGUGGGCCUCGUGCGGCCAAGAUGUGAUAACCGACGCCGAGAACAAGCAAGCGCAUGUUAACCUUCUCGAUCGCGAAGAGGCCCGCCGAUCAAGACAUCGACCGCACCCGGCGGAACAUAGUAGUUACGGAUUGUUGCGCAACUCCAACUGCAUCUAUUCCGUUAGAGAACACGGUAUCUCUAUCGUCGGAUGUCCUCUUUGAGGCGUAUAUAUGAUACAGGGACGCACGGCAACCCCCACGUCACUCGGGGGGGCGCUCCCCUGAACCCUGGAACCUAUAUGAUUCCCGCUCAAGGGGAGGCCCGCGCCAAGUUUUAAAGCUUUCCACCACUAGAAUCCGCGGAAAUGCGCGCGGAAAAGCGCGCGCGCGCGCGCCACCAGAGACCAGACCACAGGGGGGGCACCGUCCAGCCCUAAAGCAUAUAUGUGCAAAAAAGUAAUAUGCGAGCACGAUAACGGCCAAGAUCCUCGUUCUUGAUUUCGAUAUAGACUGGAUCUACAACUUCUUUCGCUCCACCUCCUUCUCAUACAGUGCUCUAAGAUGGCGAUUUAAACAGCAAAGGGGCUUCAAAAUACUGCGACUUCUUUUCCAUACCCGCAGCUCCACUAUUGCGCUAUCCGAAUUUGUUGUUCUCGACAUUGUUCCGAUAUUUUCCCAGGCGAGCCGAUAUUCAAAUGCCCCCGCUUUCUAUUUCGCCAAACGGGUGCCCACUCCUAUCUUCCGAUGACAACAGUGCUAGGGGGGCUAACCGCAUCGACACUGCCACCACUGCGAGGAACGUGCGUGCUUUUUCGGCUCUGUUCGUGUUCCCGCAAAAGUCGGCGCCCGGCAGCGCAGCUAGCAGGCACCGCAGUAAACAACCAGCACGAACGGCAGCACAUAGUAACCACUUGGUCUUGAGGCCACAUGAAAGCCAAUCAACCGACGAGGAAGCGCUGAUCGCACGUGAUCCUGCUUCGCCAUCGCCAGGUUGCCUCCGUCAGUCAAGACAUGAAGAUGGAGGAACAAGUGCACUAUGCUUGGAAUUCUCUCCUCCUGGCGAUGGAGGAGGUAGAGAACCUCUAAACCAUGAAGUCUUUCUCCUAAGCGAUCGCCGAUUAUCCAUCGAUGAGCUUGCAGACAGUCUCUGACAAGCUUGCAGAGUGCAUCUUCUUCUCAAAGCGAGCAUUAGCAUAACUAAGUACAUGAAGUUGAAGAUAUAGAUGGAGCCAGAUGAAAGUGAAACUGAAAAGGUUUCGCGCUGCGGUGCUAUCAGAGGUAUCGGUGGGCACUGAGCGCUUCCGCUUUCUUAACAUGAAUACCUUUGUUAUACAUCAAUCUUUCUAGAGCUAAACCUAGACCCAGUGUGAUCACAGGACUUUGAUAUAUUCCUUUCGUUCUUAAUGACAAUGACAUUUAGAGGACUUGUGGUCUUCUUCAACAUUUGCUGAGAAAAAGCAUUGCUCACCUUGACCAUUUUCUCUGACAAUUUUAUAUGGUAUUUGGUAGAUGCAAUGGCCUCCUCCGAGGAUUGUGCAAUAAUCUUCAUCCUACAGGUGAUGAUUGGAGGUGAAUCGUCAAUACCUUGAUGGCAUAUUCCCUGCGUUUCCAUGUCUCAAAGACUACGAGUCGUACGAACAAUAAAGACAAACUCCAACCAGAUCGAUAUCUAUACCUGAUUAUUGCACCGAUAGAGCGCAAUUUUGUAAAUCUCAUUACUGAAUCAUCUCCAUAUCCUGGAGAUGCGUUGGAGAAUUGUUUAUUCCAGAUUGCAAGCUGUUUCUCGGUACUGAGAACGUAUCAUGGAUUCUUUUAGCCAUGAGCAGAAAUUUUUUUAGUUGAGCAGAACAUAUCAAUGAUUCCACAGUUAUUCCUUGUGUCUAUACACCGUACACAUAUGGCGUGAAAAUUAUACUAUUACUAGUUUAACAAAAUUAUAUAUAUGCCUCUUAGGAUUCAGUCUCACCAUGCUCCGAUUUGUUGCGAACCUAAAAUAACAGGCAACACCUAUCACCAAACAUCUUGGGGAUAGCUCUAUCUAGACAUAAAUUCGGACAUUUGCUGUUCUUCAUAUUAUACAGAUGCAUGCUCAAGGGACGAAAUCAAUGACAAAAAGCGCACGUCGUCGUUCAGGUUCAUUGUUGAAGCAAAUGUAUCAUGACUUAUUGGCAUGAUUUUUCUGUCAUAAAAAUGAAAGAAUUUCAACGUCGCCUGCGCCGCUAAAGUGACGGCUUCUAUUGCC